AUGUCCAAAAGAAGGGGCAAACUGGUCAAUAAAGACAGAGAAGGCACUCUCUCGCUGAGUGCUAGCAUUACGCUAGCCGAGAUCACUGCUUUACAUGACGAUAUUAGAGCCUCAUUCGCUGUAGAGUUCAAAGCAUCUUUCGAAAGUUUUGCAGCCAAACUAGAUAGCAUUCAAUCCACAGUGGCUGAUCAUGAUCUGUGCAUCGGUAAUCUCGAGUCCGAAACUACAGAUAUUAGUCAGCAUCUUGAACAACUCGAAGCUACAUGUUCGGCGCUCCAGAAAGAUAAUGUGUGGCUUAAGGCUAAAGUCUCAGAUCUUGAGAGCCGCAGCCGACGUCCAAAAUAUUUGAAAUCUGGGCUUACCCAAGUCAAUCGAACAGCUUUUUUCUCUCAGCUUCUGGUCGAUGUCCUUGGUUCCCAUGUUUUAUCCUCCCCGCCCGAGCUGGACAGAGCUCAUCGUAGCCUCGCACCUAAACCCGCGGCAGGGCAGAGAGCACGACCCGUCAUUCUGCGAUUCCAUCGCUUUCAAGUGAAGGACUUGGUCAUCCGUGAAUCUCGCAAAAAGGGUGAGCUGCUGUAUGAUGGCACCAAGAUUCAUAUCUUUGAGGAUUACUGCCCUGAGGUUUUAAAGCUUCGCGCCGAGUAUACACUGUAG